CCCACCCAUCGCGGGUUGGCCUGGACGAUAACGGUCGGGAGGCAGCAUCAUGUCGGGCGGCUUGCCCGCCGAAUACUUGGGUCGUCGGGGUCCCAAGCGCAAACUCGAAACUGAGCGGGCUAAAGCGGCCGCCGCGGCCGCCGGUCUGCUGGCCGCCGCCUCCGGUGGGUCCAGCGGCGGCCAUGGCCACACGGCUGGGGCGGGAGUCCACGAGACGGGUGGCCAUAACAAGAGCUCGCACCACAAGGGCGAGCUGUCCACGCCCUCGUUGGGCACGCAUCAAUUCCCCAAGGAGCACCCGUUCAACCGAGAUGGCUAUCGGUACAUCCUGGCCGAAGCUGACCCGCACGCCCCUUUUCGAAAGGAGUUUGACGAGUCGGUGGAUUUAGCGGGCAAACCCAUUCCGGGCUUCCUCUGUCGUGUGCUCACUCCGCCCAUAAUCUUGCUCGCCAUGCACGAUCGCGCCCCGCAAAUCAGCAUCAACGACGACCGCCUUACCAUGACGGGUUACAAAUUCUAUUGCACCGUGCGGGCUAAUCAUAGUGUGAAUCAAGGGUGCUGGUACUUCGAAACCAAGAUCCUGGACUUUCCCGACGGCGCGGCCACCCGCAUUGGCUGGGCCCAACGCUAUGCCAAUCUUCAGGCCCCGUUGGGUUUCGACAAGUUCGGAUAUUCUGUGCGCUCCCGCAAAGGCACCAAGUUCCACGAAGCCAUUGGCCGACACUACUCGAGCGGAUAUCAGGCCGGCGAUGUGAUCGGUUGCUUGAUCGACAUGCCGGAGAAGCAAACGCGCGAUCUCAUCCCAAGUUCGUACAAGGACAAGCCGCUCAUCAAGUUCAAGUCUCAUUUUUACUUCGAGGAGAAGGACGGUAUUAAAGAAGCGCAGAAGACACUCAAACCGCUGCCCGGAGCGUCCAUUACGUUUUUCAAGAACGGUGAGAGCUUGGGCCAGGCUUUCACCGACAUAUAUGAGGGCGACUAUUUUCCCGCCAUAUCGUCGUUCCGGUGUGCCAAGGUCAAGGCCAAUUUCGGACCCAAGUUCAAAUUCCCACCCAAAGGGCAUCCGGGAGUGCGGCCUUUAUCGGCCCGGGCUGAAGCCAUGGCCGUGGAGCAAAGUCUGGCGGAUAUGCGCUUUUUCGCGGAGAAGGACGGGGCACUCAGUUUGGACACAUGCAUGUUCCCUUCUCCGUGAAAAAGUGCGAUGGAUUAUGACGUGUCGUAUUAUUUGACUGACUGAAUGUAACGCCUAUUCCGAUUUUUCCAA